CGGACCCAUUGAAGAAGGCGCAAGUGUGCGUGGGUGCCAAACAAACCAAUAUUUAAUUUAUUGAUGCUUCCUCUAAUUUUCUUAUAGUCAACCAUUAUAGAAAGCAAAGUCUAGAGUUAUUAUAAGUAGAUUGAAGAUACAUAACAUCCAUUUUCCCCUCUCUUUCCCCUUCCUAAGAAGCAGCUUAGAGUCCGAUGGGUAACUGUUGGGGUUCUCGAGCUGAUACUACCACAACAACUCCUAGUACUACUGGAAAUAUUACUUCAGGUGUUAUAUCAUCAACAACAAGCAGUAGCAAUAUUUCAAACAAGAGCCAAUUCUCUGCAUCAAGUGGUGGUGAGGAUGGGCACCCAAAUGGGCAGAUUCUUCCCUCACCAAAUUUAAGAGAAUUCAGCUUUCAAGAACUUAAAACCGCCACAAGAAACUUCAAGGGUGAUACUUUAUUGGGUGAAGGAGGUUUUGGUAGAGUUUAUAAAGGUUUGCUUGAAAACAAGCAUUCUUCCAAGAGUGGAAGCGGUUGGGUUGUUGCCAUUAAGAAGUUGAAUUCAGAAAGUGUACAAGGUUUUGAAGAAUGGCAGUCAGAAGUAAAUUUCUUAGGGAGACUUUCGCACCCUAAUCUUGUCAAACUACUUGGUUACUGCUGGGAAGACCAAGAACUCCUGCUUGUUUAUGAAUUCAUGCAGAAGGGAUCCUUGGAAAACCACCUAUUUGGGAGGGGUUCUGCUGUUCAACCACUUCCAUGGGACUUGCGCCUUAAGAUAAUCAUUGGAGCUGCCAGGGGUCUUGCCUUCCUACAUUCUUCAGAUGAUAGAGUUAUUUACCGCGAUAUCAAAACUUCAAACAUACUCCUAGACGGGUCUUACAGACCAAAGAUAUCUGACUUUGGGUUAGCCAAAUUGGGUCCAUCUGAGAGUCAGUCCCAUGUCACAACAAGGGUGAUGGGCACCUACGGGUAUGCCGCACCGGAGUAUGUUGCCACAGGUCAUUUAUAUGUGAAGAGUGAUGUGUAUGGAUUUGGGGUUGUUUUAGUAGAGCUUCUUACAGCUUUAAAAGCACUUGAUAGAAACCGUCCUGUUGACAAACAAACCUUGGUGGAUUGGAUUAAACCACACCUGUCUGAUAAGAGGAAGUUGAAGACCGUAAUGGAUAGUAGAUUGGAAGGGAAGUAUCCAUUGAAAGCCGCAGUAGCAACUGCUGAACUAGCUUUGUCAUGCCUUGCACAAGAACCCAAAGCGAGGCCAUCAAUGCAAGAAGUUGUGGAUUCUCUGUUAAAGAUACAGGGUAUGGCUUAUGAUAAACCAAGGGUGUCUAGGAGAAACUCUUCCGGUACUGCAGCUGUUCGUCCUCAUGGCCAUCGUCGACAGAAUGGGCCCCGUUCGAUCUCAUCACAAUUCUCUACCAUCUAGAUAGAUAGAUAGAUUCAUAACUAUAUCUGCAUAAACUUCUUUUAACUUUACAAAUUUUUUGGCCAAGCCUUGUACUCUUAUAUAUACUUGUUCUUUUUUUUUAGUGAUAUUGCUUCCUGCAUAUUAAGAUCGGGAAAAAUGCUAAAUAGCUAGUUACAAGAAAUAUUUGUAUUUUCAUGUACUGUGAUACAUAUUUGUAAUUAUUCAUGCCUAUAGUUUUGCUUGCUAAUAUUAUAAUUAUUGGAUUUAGAACA